AUGGAACACGAACGUUCGUUUCAAAAACAACCAACAAUUUUCUUGAAUAAAAAACAAUCAUCAUUAAAAGGCAAAGCUAAAGCUGCCCGUUAUACGAAAAAUGUAGGAUUAGGUUUCAAAACACCACGCGAAGCCAUUGAAGGCACUUAUAUCGAUAAGAAGUGUCCAUUUACCGGAAAUGUUAGUAUUCGCGGUCGUAUAUUAACUGGCAUUGUACUAAAAAUGAAAAUGCAACGUACAAUUGUACUUAGACGAGAUUAUUUACAUUAUGUACGAAAAUAUAAUCGAUUUGAAAAACGACAUAAAAAUAUUUCAGUCCAUUUGAGUCCUUGUUUCAGUAACGAUAAAAUGAAAGAAGUGAAAAUUUUUAUGAUUGAUGAAGAAAAUGAAGAAAUUCGCGUAUCAAGUGAAACCGAAUUCAACGAAAACGUUAUGUUUGCUCGUCAACAUAAUGUUGAUACAUUGAAAUUAAUCGUUUAUAUUGGUGAUGAUCGUGUAUUCGACGGAAUAUACUAUGUACCACCACAAGAUAAACAAGUUGUUAUUCCAAUUCCAGAAGUUGUAUCAUGUGAAUUAGAAUAUCGAGUUAAAAGGAUUGAUAUCAAUCGUGAUGAAGAGAAAAUUAUUUUUCCAAAAAAUAAAUUGAAUGAAUUAGAUGAAAAUGUGCUUGCCGAUAAGUGGUAUAUACCGUGUAAAGCAGAUGAGGCAUUGGGUCUUUGUCUAAUCGCUGCCACGAAUUUGGCUCAACAAGGUCUUGCUGAUUUAAAUGACGAUUGUAAACAUUUCAUUGAUAUUAUUGUGCCAGAUGCAUUUCGUAAAUUACAAAAUACUCAAUGUGUAUUUGCUUGGCCUUCUGAAAUUCAGUUUGGUAUUUUUAAAAUGUUAGAAUUGUUUAUUGAUCUUGUUUGUGCACGACUUCAAUUUCUACCGGUACCGACUGGUCUUCUAGAGACGUUGGCUUUAGUAAGUAUUUCUUUAUUUUAUUGUUUUAUUUUACUUACGUUUGUUUCUGUUCAUCAGACAUUCGACUGUAAUACAACAUAUCAACAAAAACAUAAAUUUGAGCCGUAUAUAAAUUGUUAUAAUUUAAACGGUUGUCACUUUGUUAAAAUGCAGUUAAAUGAUGGUCAGUUGUCGUAUGGAUGGUUACGUUCGUUAAUUGAUCGGUUUCUUAUGCAAGAUGGUAUUCAAAAGAUCCAGAAACAAUUUGAUACCGAUUCUUUGAAAGCUGCUGACUACAAUGCUUUAUUAAAAGUAUUUGUUAAUUGCAAGAAUUGUAUUGUUAUGGAACGUUAUCGAACAUUAUUUAGCAAACAUAUUUUACAAGCGAUCGAUUAUGUUAAACGAGCAACUGAAGAUGUUAGCAAUUUAAUUAAAACAUUGCAUACAAUUUGCAUCAAUUGUAUGUUGACUACAUAUGUUGAUGAAUUAGAAUCCUUGAUGUCACCAAAACAAUUAACAAUAUUAGCUGGUCAAUGGACUAGUGUUAGAUUAAAUUCAAAAAAACAACGCACUGACGAAGAUUUAUUUGUACAAAAACCACAAUUGUUUGAUGUUGUGCAACCAUUGAUUAAUGGUGGAAAAAAAAACAAUUCAACUGACGAGGAUAUAUUUUUAAAAGAAGAGUUUAACUGUGAACGUCAUCAUCACCAUCAUCAUCAUCACCAUGUUAUGUCACCAUCUCUAAAACGUAAAUAUAAACGACAAAAUAGUGAUAAACAACAGCAACAACAUCGUCGUAAUACAGUAGCAGUCAUAACAACAUCGAAACACAAAGAUCAUGAAAAGAAAAAAGAUCGUCGUCAAAUAGUAUCAACAUCGUCUUCAAAACAUAAAUUACAAGUAGUAGAAAAAUAUGAUCGAACAAAUCCAGAUGAUAUUUUACGAUUUUUUGCAUUAAUGAAAUCAAAGGUAGCUAAUUUAUAUGAUCAUUUAGAAACAGCAACUUUCAACGGUCAAAUCAAAGAUGUUUUAAGAAUGGAAGAAAAAAUUAAAUUAAUGAAACCCUAUUCAGCUCUUUUUGUUGUCGAUGAAAAUAUUCCUGAUGGCACACAUGUCAAACCAAAUGAAGUAUUUCGUAAAUGUUGGGUAUUAUUAAAUGAUGGUAGCUUACCAUGGGAUGCUACUGAUGUUAAAUUGAUGAAUUUAUCCGAUAAUAUUGAAGUUGUUAAUGAACCCCAUGUUCCAGUAACGGCUCCACACGCUCGUGCUCAGAUUUAUGUAGAUUUUAUUGCGCCAAAUCAUACUGGUGUUUUCGAAAGUAAAUGGAUACUGACGUAUCGUCAUUAUACAUUUGGUCCAAUGAUAUGGUGUUCAAUCGAAGUUGUUAAUGAACCAGUAAUUAUACCAUAUUGUGAAACACGUCUAAAUGAUAAUAUAAUGAUGGAGAGUACAAACACAAUGACAUUAUCAUCAGCAUCAUUGAAUAAUUAUGUUUCGGUUUCUCCUUCAAUUAUGAUGUCUAGUCGUCAAGAUUCAUGCGAUUCAGCACUAAGACUAACAAAUUCAUUCGAUAUGAUCGAUAUACCACUACCAAUAUGUUUCGAUUUAACAAAACCAUUCAAACCAAAAGAAAUGUCAACAUUGUCAAAUAAUGAUUAUCAUCACAAUGAUUCAACUCGAACGAGUAUUACUUAUUCAAGAUUAUCAUCACUGCCAUCAUCAAUAAACGGUGAUGUUCAGGAUUUGGUCGAUCCAUUUGGUGAUGAUUUUUUAGAUGAAAUCUCGUCUCCUCAACAUCAAAAACAAAUUGAAGUUAACUCAAAUGUAUAUACAAAAGAUAUAGAACAUGUGACAGUUGAAGACGUACAACAAACAUUACAAGAACAAGAAAGUACAAUAGUACAGUUACCAACAUCAACAGCUGGCGAAUUUAAUGGCUCUAUUCCAUUACCAUAUACUCCUCUACCAAUGCUACAAAGAACGAGCAGUCAACCAUUAGACUUUGUUGAUUCAGUUGUUACAAAUAUAUUUACUGUAGCAAAACAGGCAGGUUCAACAGCAAAAGCAAUAUUUCAUACAUUACAAGCAUACGACGAAACUUCUGUACCUACGGCACUACCAGCAUCAUCAACAAUCAUUGAAAUACCUCCACAGACGUCAAUCGCUUCUGAAACAGCAACAGCCGAGUUGUUUAAUAGUGACGAUUAUUUUUCAACAAUUCAACAUGGUGAAAAUGAAAAUGAAUGUUUAAUUUCCUUAUUAAGUUCAGAAACAACACCAUGCACCUCGUUAUCAUCGGUGACAUCUCAGACAACCAAUUCAUCACUUGAUUUAAAUAUGGCUCAUUUAAUUGAAAUGGGUUUUCUUAAUCGUGAACAAAAUCUACGUCUAUUAACGCAGUAUAAAAAUGAUAUAACAAAAGUCAUCGAAUUUUUAGCAGAUUCAAGUGAUUAUUCGACAAAUGUUACAACAUUAUCGUUGAUAAAUACGUUAGAUAAUGCAGUACAUGAUUUUUCAGAAGUUAAAGUCGGAAUAGAUAUGCCAAAACGAAAAUAUCAAUUAUCAGCACUAGUGGAAGAAAGUAAUGUUAGUCAAAAACAAAAAAAAAUUGAUAAUUCAAAUACAGAAGAAGAUAUAUUGUCUACGACAUCAUUGGAAAGUCAACAAUAUCAAGAUACUCGUUCGUCUAGAAUGUGUACCCAUUCAGAUACAGUAUCUGAAGAUAUGAUAACAUCAACAAAUAGUCUCUCAAAAAAACAGAAUAAACAUUCUGUUCGAUUUGAAGAUGUAACAGUAUAUUAUUUUAAUCGUUCACAAGGUUUUGUUUGUGUACCAAGCACGGGAGGAACAACGUUAGGAAUGGCACAUCAACAUUCUCAUUGUGAAAGUUAUACAAUCAAUGAUUUUGCUCGUCGUCAACAUCAAGUUCAUAAAUCGAUUUUAUGUGAGAGAAAAAUUCUACCACCAACUGUAUCUACAAUUGAACAAUCAUUGAAUGAUGAUGAUUCAACACCGAUAACAAAUAUUUUUAAUUAUUGUUCAGACAAUGAUAUGUAUGAAAAGUUACCAGUUGAUGAUUGUUAUUUUUUACAACCUAUUUCAAUACGUGAACGUCGUAAUUUAUUGAAACAAUCUGGUAUUAAUAAAAUAGAUAAUCAAGAAAAAAAAGAUUUACAAUUAAUUCGAGAAUCACGUGAAACAUGUGGAUGUUCAUGUAUUGCAAAAUGUGAUCCGUAUACUUGUGAAUGUUCUCAAAAUGGAAUAUCUUGUCAAGUUGAUCGUUUAUCAUUUCCAUGUGCUUGUUCAAAAUUAGAAUGUCAAAAUCCAUAUGGUCGAACUGAAUUUAAUCACAUUCGAGUUAAAAAUCAUUUCUUAAAUACAAUUAUGAGACUUGAAUUAGAAGAAAAAAGUUUACAACUUGAUAUUAAGUGUAAUAAUAUUAAUAUGACAAAUAUGAGUAAAUUUGAACAAUGUGAACUUGUAGAAUCAUGCUACAAUGGUGAGAACGCUCAUCGUUCAUAUGACGUGAUGCAUCCUUCACCAAUGAUGACCAUUGUUGAUGACUCAUCUCUGAUAUCAGAAACAUCAUUACAAUUAGAAACAGAAAUUUCAUCGUUAUUAUCAUCCAUAAUUAAUAAUGUUAUCGAACAAUAUAUUAGAACCACAACAGAAACUGUAGUAUUAUCAAUUGUAUCAUCUAUUGAACAAAAAUUUCAGUCACAAAUAAAUGAGAAAAAAUCAGAUUAUCGAAAAUCAUAUCGUUCAUCAUUAUUUAAAAAAAAACUUUCUUCACCACCAUUAUCAAUUAAAUCUAAUACUCAUUCAUACAAUACAAGAACACGGUGUUCAAAUAUAAUUAAGAUUAAUCAAUUAUUAACAACAGAAGAUCUUGUUCCACUAACAGCCGAAUAA